UUUAAGAAGUGAGAAAAAAAAAAGUUAGACUUUACUUUUAGCUGGUAUUGCUGGGUUUAACACCUCCGUUUGCUUGUUGCAUAGUUUUCUUCUCCACUGCUUCUAGGCCAUUUUAUUUAUUAAAAAAAACCGCAAUCAUUUUCUCUCAUCAUGCAAUGUGCACCAAAACUCUGCAGAUUUCAAGAUCAAUACUAGUUUACAAACAACAUCACCAAAAAUUCCAAACACCUCAAUGAGUUUCAAUGCGCCGUGUAUCACGAAAACUGCACCAAUUUUUGGGACCAAAAUCUCACGAAACCUCAUUUCAUUACACCGACCUACUACACCAUUGCAAAACCACCGACUGCAUUAAAAAAACCCACGCCCAAAUCGUUAUCGGAUGCCACGAACAAGACCCAUUUAUCGCUGCUAAACUAAUUGACAGAUAUGCACAGCUUGGCGGAUCCAACGUUGAACACGCACGCAAAGUGUUCGACAAUUUGUCCGAAAGAGAUGUUUUCUGUUGGAACGUUGUCAUCAAGGGUUACGCUAAUAUGGGUCCAUUCGUUAAAGCAUUAAACGUUUAUGAUGAGAUGCUUUCGAGUGGUACUACUCCGAAUCGCUACACUUACCCUUUUGUGCUGAAGGCUUGUAGUGCUGAGAGGGAUUAUAUAAAGGGACGAAUUGUUCAUGGGCAUGCUGUGAAGUGUGGGUUGGACUUUGAUUUGUUUGUGGGUAAUGCUAUUAUUGCGUUUUAUGCAAAGUGUCAGGAGAUUGAAGCGGCAAAGAAAGUGUUCGAUGAAAUGCCUAACAGAGAUGUUGUUAGUUGGAAUUCCAUGAUGUCGGGAUUUAUCACGAAUGGGUAUGUGGAUGAUGCUGUAAUGCUAUUUUAUGAUAUGUUGAGAGAUGAUGAUAUUGGUUUUCCUGAUAAUGCCACACUUGUGACUGUUCUCCCUGCAUUUGCUGAGAAAGCAGAUAUUCAUGCAGGGUAUUGGGUUCAUUGUUAUAUUGUCAAGACAGGGAUGAAACUUGAUCCUGCUGUUGGUUGUGGUCUUAUAACAUUAUACUCAAAUUGUGGCUAUAUAGCCAUGGCAAGAGCUGUUUUUGACCAGAUAUCGGAUAGAAAUGUCAUUGUUUGGAGUGCAAUUAUUAGGUGCUAUGGGAUGCAUGGUUUUGCGCAGGAGGCGCUCGGUAUGUUCCGGCAAUUAGUUGAUUCUGGCUUGCAUCCGGAUGACAUUGUGUUUUUGUGUUUGUUAUCGGCUUGCAGUCAUGCAGGCAUGCAUGAACAGGGCUGGGACCUUUUCCAGACUAUGGAAACUCAUGGUGUUGUAAAAGGAGAGGCUCAUUAUGCUUGCAUCGUGGAUCUCUUUGGAAGAGCCGGUGAUCUGGAAAAAGCAGUGGAGUUUAUUCAAUCUAUGCCUAUCAAACCAGGGAAAAAUGUUUAUGGCGCCUUGUUGGGAGCCUGUAGAAUACACAAGAAUUUAGAACUCGCUGAAUUGGCUGCAGAGAAGUUGUUUGUUUUAGACCCUAAUAAUGCUGGGCGUUAUGUGAUUCUAGCACAGAUGUACGAAGAUGAAGGUCGGUGGCAGGAUGCAGCGAGAUUGAGGAAAAUAAUCAGGGAGAAAGAAAUCAAGAAGCCAAUUGGUUAUAGCUCUGUAGAGCUGGAAUCCAGUCAUAUCAAAUUUGGGGUAAACGAUGAGGCUCAUCCAUUAACAACACAGAUUUUUGAGACCUUGGUAAGCUUAGAUAGGAUAAUGGGUAAAGAAGCUCGCACUCGAUGUGAUGCCAUUUUGUAGGAACUAGGAAAUGGAGGACAAAGGGAUACACCAUCUAACUGUGUUGGAUAACUGAUACUAGUUAUCAAGAACUGAUAGUCACAUCUUUGUCCUCGGAGAUGAUCAUCAAUUUGCAAGAUCUGGGAUGCAUGGUUUUAUCUGCUGCUGCCCAUUCACCCAUUCUGCUUGAAGAGCUAUAUAAAAAAAAGAUUAAGUUCGUUUGAAGCUUGUAUUUUUCUCAAGAUCACCAAUGGUGUUGUUGUAAAUUAGAUUUGAUAAUAUUUUCAAAGAUUCUGCCAACGGUUGAUCUAAAAAUGAAGUGGUGAUCAAUAA